AUGAAGACGACCUGGAAGGACAUCCCCCCGGUGCCUACUCAGCAGGAGUUUCUGGAUAUUGUUCUGAGCCGGACCCAGCGCAAGCUGCCAACGCAGAUUCGCGCCGGUUUCAAGAUCAGCCGUAUUCGAGCUUUCUACACUCGAAAGGUCAAGUUCACACAGGAGACCUUCUCAGAGAAGUUCGGCGCCAUCCUCGAGAGUUUCCCUCGUCUCCAGGACAUCCACCCUUUCCACAAGGAUCUCCUCAACACCCUCUACGAUGCCGACCAUUUCAGAAUCGCCCUAGGACAGAUGUCCACCGCCAAGCAUCUGAUUGAGACCAUCUCCCGCGAUUAUGUCCGUCUCCUCAAGUACGGCCAGUCUCUGUUCCAGUGCAAGCAGCUUAAGAGGGCCGCUCUUGGUCGCAUGGCCACCCUCAUUAAGCGACUUAAGGACCCUCUUAUGUACCUCGAUCAGGUCCGCCAGCAUCUCGGUCGUCUGCCUUCGAUCGACCCCAACACUCGAACACUGCUUAUCUGCGGUUACCCCAACGUGGGAAAGUCUAGUUUCCUCAAGAGCAUUACUCGCGCCGAUGUCGACGUUCAGCCCUAUGCUUUCACCACAAAGAGUCUGUUUGUCGGUCACUUCGACUACAAGUAUCUCCGCUUCCAGGCCAUCGAUACCCCCGGUAUUUUGGAUCACCCUCUGGAGGAGAUGAACACCAUUGAGAUGCAGAGUAUUACCGCCAUUGCCCAUUUGAGAUCCGCCAUUAUGUACUUUAUGGAUCUUUCAGAGCAGUGUGGUUACACAGUUAGCGCACAGAUUGCUCUUUUCAAGAGUAUCAAGCCUCUGUUCUCCAACAAGCUUGUCUUCGUUGUUAUCAACAAGAUUGAUGUUACUCGACCUGAGGACCUCGAGCCUGAGGUGCAGGCUGAGCUCCAAGGAAUCCUCAAGUCUGGUGAGGUCGAGCUCCUUCAAUUGUCUUGCAACACCCAGGAGGGCGUUCAGGAGGUCAAAAACGCUGCUUGCGAGCGAUUGAUCGCUGAGCGUGUUAACCAGAAGCUCAAGGCUGGUACCAACAGCAGCGGAAACAUCGGUGGCCGUCUGGCUGAUGUCAUGUCCCGUAUUCACGUUGCUCAGCCCAUGGGUGGUCAGACUCUUGAGACUUUCAUCCCCGAGGGUGUCAAGGACCGCAAGAAGUAUGACAAGACCGACCCCGAGCGCCGAAGACUCGCUCGUGAUGAGGAGGAGGAGAACGGUGGUGCUGGUGUCUUCAACGUCGACAUGAAGGCCGACUACAUGCUCGCCAACCCCGAGUGGAAGUACGACAAGAUUCCCGAGAUCUACGAUGGCAAGAACGUCUACGACUUUGUCGAUCCCGAUAUUGAGGCUAAGCUUCAGGCUCUGGAGGAAGAGGAGGAGAAGCUCGAGGCUGAGGGCUUCUACGAGUCUGACGAGGAUAUCGAGGAUGAUGAGGAGGCUGAGGUCAUGCGCAAGGCCGAGCUCAUCCGCGAGAAGCAACAGCUCAUCCGCAACGAGGCCCGCAUGAAGAAGCGUCUCAAGAACCAGGCCAUCAUUCCCCGCAAGCAGAUGAAGAAGCCCCUCUCCGAGUUCGAGGAUGCCCUCGACCAGCUCGGUGUCGACACCACCGAUAUUGCCGAGCGUGCUCGCUCAAAGUCCCGUCCUCGUGGCCGUUCCACGUCUCGCAUGGGCACCGAGGACCCCGAUGCCAUGGAUGUCGAUGGUGGUCGCAGCAGCACCCCUCGCGAACGUCUCCGCUCUAUGAGCCGACCUCGAAGCCGUGCUCCUACAACCAGCCGCCGCGACGAUGGUGUCACAGACGAGGCUACUCGAUCCAAGGCCGAUCGUAUCGCCAGGCUCAAUCAGAAGCGCAUGAACCGCAUGGCCCGACAGGGAGAGGGCGAUCGACACACGACCGCCUCCAUCACCAAGCACUUGGUCGUCGGAAAGCGUGGUAUGGGCAAGACAAACCGCAGAUAG